AUGCGUCUAACUAUUUCGUUUGCCUUGGAAAGUCUUGUGGGGGCUCGCGGGGAUUGAAGGUUUGGUGGUACCAGGAAGGGGAAAAACCCAAAAACCUGGUCGUCGUCGUCGUCCAGCACCGUAGGGAGGAGGAGGACGACGAGGACGAGGAGGACGAGCAGGAGGGCCGAGAGAGAGGGAGGGAGAGAGAGAGAGAUUUCACUCAUCUCCAGGUGCAUCGGUGGAGAAGCAGCAGCAGCAGGGAGGAGAAGGAGGAGGCCGAGGAGAAGUGGAACAAGCGAGAGAAGGGGGACAUGGAAAGCGAUGAAGGCCAUGAUCGGCUCCUCUUUGCUAUUGCCAAGGCUUGGAAGGGCCUGCAGGGAGAGCUGCUGGUCCAGGGGGAUGGGGAUGCCCCCCCUGCAGCAGCACCAGCCUUGACCCUGCGUUCCUUCUCCCACGGUUGCUCCCUCAUCUCGCCUCUCUUUGGCUGCCUCGGGAUCGCUUUCAAGUUUGCUGAGAAGGACUACGUUGCCAAAGUGCAUGAUUUAUGUGAAGCAGCUAAAGAGUAUGACACAUUAUCUGUCAUGGUUGACCAAGACAUUAAGAAUCAGACUGUACGCAAUGGUGGGAGCCAUACACGAAACCUGCUUCGUGUACUGCGUGGAGUGGACAUGGUUAGGGUACUGUUUGAGCACAUUCUUGUCACCGAAGGGAAUUCUUUGAAGGAGCCAGCAUCGAAAGCCUAUGAGCAAGUGUUUGCUCCGCAUCAUUCGUGGACUAUCCGCAAGGUUGUUAGUGCAGGAAUGUUAAUGCUACCCACGAAGAUCCAGUUCCUGAAAAAGCUUAAUGAAGAAGAGGACUCAGCCAAGGGGCAUAUUGAAGAAUUUGUGAAAUCGGCUGGCCCAGUCGUUCAGUAUGUUAAUAAUAUUUACUUAAACAAGGAACUUGGCACAGACUGGUAGCCAAAUGAUAUUCCCAGUGGAACUGUGGUGGGAUAGCGACACUGAACUCACUUUCGCCUGCCCUCAAGUUUUCGCUUUGGUGUUCCAAGAUAUUCCUCAUCAAGCUGUGAACAUUAACAGUACGGAAGUGGCUACAUUCCAAGUAGACAGGACGCAAAGCUGAAGUAGUUGGAACACUGCCAGGAUGCUUUUAACAAUCACAGUUGUCUCUUGUAUUUGACAACGCGGCCCUGUGUAUGAUGGAUUGGGUCUCAACUAAAUGAUUUAGCCCUGAAAGCACCAGUAUUGAAAUUCUAAAACCCACUGAAUAGCUGGCAUUGAGCUAAAACUCGAGAGGCUUGUAAAGUCAAUCGGCGCAACUUAUCUCUUCUAUGUUGGAUUUGAUAUUUUAUACUUC